AUGUCGGAAAGUCAAAACUCAGUGAUGGAAGUUCGAAGGAAGCCGCCAAGUGGAUAUGAAACGGAAUCUCCAGAAGAGCUGUUGUACGAAGAAGACGACCGAGUGGAAAUCCCUCAAUAUGAAGACGUGAGGUUUUGAACAAGCAUAGUUAUUUUUAGUCUUUAGAAAUGCCUCAUUUAAAAAAAUAGUUCUGUUACAAUUGAGAGAAUCUUGAAAGAAUUUUAAUUGAAGAAGUCCAGCUCUGAAAUUUUCCUUAUUUUUUCUUUUUUAAUGUAUUUUUUGCAAGCAUUUAUCGCAAAUGAGACAUAAAUGUUAACAGAAAAAUUGAAAAAAAUUAAUUUUGUACUGAAUCUAAACAUUAAAAGAAAAAAACGCGCCUCAGAAAUCAUUUUUUUGAGAAAUAAUUUUUACAAAAAAACACCCAAAUCAAAGGAAUAGUAUCUAAUAAUUUUUAAAAAAACUUUAAUUCAGACAGAAAGAUUCUCGUUCCGUAAACUUUGGGCGUUCACUGGUCCCGGUUUUCUGAUGAGUAUUGCGUAUUUGGAUCCCGGAAAUAUUGAGAGUGAUCUCCAAUCUGGAGCCAAAGCGCAGUACAAGGUAUGAUUCUGUUAGAAACUCGAGUAUAAACUUGAUUCAGCUUCUCUGGGUUCUUCUCUCAGCUCACAUAAUUGGAAUGUUGUUGCAAAGGAUGUCAGCUCGUUUGGGAGUUGUUAGUGGGAAGCACAUGGCCGAGGUUCAUUUCCUAUCAUUUUUUUUUAAUCUCAAAUUCUUAAAAUCCAAUAUAAUGCUCGAAAUUAGCCAUAUUUUCUUUUUUUUUUCGUUCUAUAUCCAACGUAGUUUAGUAUCAAGUUAGUUGUAAAACAAGCUAUUCUAUAAAGGUCGCCCACUCGUUCUACCCUCGACUGCCGCGAAUCGUCCUCUGGCUCAUGAUCGAAAUCGCCAUCGUCUGCAGCGACAUGCAAGAAGUCAUCGGAACGGCCAUCGCGAUUUUCCUUCUGAGCAAUGGAGGGUGACCUUCAUUAUAUUUUCACUAUCCAUGCCUUUUCAUUUACAGAGUUCCGCUGUAUUUUGGCGUUCUACUGACCAUUCUCGACACUUUCACGUUUUUGUUCAUUGACCGAUACGGAGUGAGGAAGCUCGAGUUUUUAUUUGGCGCCUUGAUCACCACAAUGGCUGUUUCUUUUGGAUUCGAGGUAUUCGAAAAUUUUGAUCUCAACAUGAUUUUUGUGUUCAGUAUUUCACCGUUCAACCAUCUUUUCCCGAAGUUCUUUCUGGGAUGUUUAUUCCUUGGUGCAGUGGUUGUGGAAAUGAAGAGUUCAUACAAGGGAUUUCUGUCGUUGGAGCUGUCAUUAUGCCACAUAAUCUAUACCUCCAUUCGGCGCUUGUCAAGGUUAUCUGGUUUUCUUAGAAAAAUUUAGAGACAUCUGUUCAUUAUUUAUUGUUUGAAGCAUCCCUUUUGUAAUGAGGAGGAAGAAGAAAUAUUGAAGUAUUUUUUUGAUGCAUGAAGAUUAGUUUUACAAACUCAUUGAACGAUUUUUGGCAAUGUCAAAAAGUAUCUGAUUAAGGCUGUUUUCUUAACAAAGUAAUUAAAAAAAUAAGAAAUUCACGUUUAAAGAAUGAAAUCUUAUGAUACGUUAUUCCCAUUAAGUUCAGACAAAAUUUUUCAACUAAUUGGAAUUUCUAGAAAAAUAGUUUUUUGGAUUCCGUUUUUUCAAUUUGUUUUACAGUCCCGAAAAGUCAACCGAAAAGAUCGAAAAAUGGUCACUGAAGCCAACAUGUACUUCGCCAUCGAAUCAGCAAUCGCACUUCUUGUCAGCUUUAUCAUAAACGUCUUUGUUGUUGCUGUCUUCGCUCAAGGACUCUACAAAAAAACCAACAAAGACGUCGUGAGUUUCGAUUUGGCAUUUUCUAAAAUGAUUCUGCUCUUCAGCGUGAUAUGUGCCUGGCCCGUCAUGGGAUUCCGGAUCCCCACGCUUUUCCGAACAAUACAGAACCCGUUGAUGUGGAUAUCUACAAAGUGAAAACCAACCAUUGCUUGGAAAGAAUUCAAAACAUACUUUUAGGGUGGUAUUUUUCUGGGGUGCGAGUUUGGGUUGGCUGCCCUUUAUGUUUGGGGCGUCGGCGUGUUUGCAGCCGGACAAAGUUCAACUAUGACUGGUACUUACACAGGCCAGUUCGUCAUGGAAGUUGGUGGAAAUGAAGAAAAUGGAAAGAUUAAAAAUGUGUUGAAGGGUUUUAUUCAAGUGAGUUGGCCCAAAUGGAAACGAGUUCUUAUCACUCGAGCUAUCGCGAUCGCUCCGACGCUGGCUUUGACGCUCUACGCCAACGGAGUGCAGAAUCUCACAGGUUGGAGCAAGGAAAAAACCUUCUACUUGGAUUUUUAGUCUUGUUUCUAAGAAAUACCCAAGAAGGCUCUCCAAGAUCAAAAUCAACAAAAUGAUGCAGAAAUAGUCUAUCUAAAAUCUUUCUCAAAGUCUCUGUGUUAAGAGUUUCUAUAUUUAACGUUUUUGAAACUGAUUCUUGAGCAGGUUUGAAAGAAGCAAUGUAAAAAACAAGGAAUGAGGUGAAAACUGCACUUUUUUUUGAACUUAUUAAACUUAGUACUAAUCCAGUUGCAGAAUAAAAAGUAUUAAUGUUCUUAUUAAGGAAUGAACGACUUCCUCAACUGCAUUCAAAUGGUGCAACUGCCUUUCGCGCUUAUCCCAAUCAUCACGUUUACCUCAAGCCGCAAAAUAAUGCACGAGUUCAAAAGCUCAAAGUAAGUUUUUUUUUUUCCAACGCAGAAUAUUUGAUUUUACAACAGAGUCACUCAAAUUUUCGCGCUGGUGACUACUGUGGUUAUUCUCUCGAUCAACGUUUAUUUCAUAAUUGACUAUGUCACAACGGCUUUGGGUAACAGCUGGUACAUCUUUACCGUAUUGUCCUUGCCAACAGUUUUGUACCUUCUUUUCGUCGCGUACCUGGUAAAGAAAAACUCCGUGAAAAGAAUAAUUUGUUCAUUUCCAGGCUGUUUACUGUUUGGCCGCAUGCGAAAUAAUUCCCGAAACGGCGGUAAACUUUAUUUCACUUUUUUCAAUUUCUCAACUUCAACUUUUUUAAUUAGAAAAUCAUUACAGGAUUGGCUGGGAUUCGACUUUUCUUCGAUUUCGGAAAACGACGCGCCGUGGGAGAUAGUGCAACCAUAUGAUAACGAAAACUUCCAUUCCAGCCUGGAUUCAGUUCCUUCCACUUCAAACUGA